AUGUCCCAGACAUCCUUUUACAGGCGAUUUAUCAUUUGUAUCUACCAAGACGACCAGGGACUCGAGCUUGAUUCGGUAUCAUUAUCACGAAAACUUGGAUUCGAGGAAGCACUUGCUAAAGCACGAGUGACAUUGCCAAUACCCGAGACCUCACCCGUCGUGCUGUACACACGCACCUAUCUCCCUGCGGGCGAUACCAAAGGUCGCCUCGUUCGUGUCUGUGAGGAUGUCUGGCAAUGGGCAGUCACUGAGCCGAGCGUGUGCGAAAUGUACAUGCGCAUCGACGCUGGAUCGCUCGAUGCCCGACCUAUAUCAACGUCGUCCACACCAUAUACACGAUUACCUUCGUCCCGAGACUCAUCUUCGGACGUUCACGGUCAAAGUAGGCGCACCAACGUCUCAAGGUCAAGCGCUGCGAAGCGGAUUGGCCAUCAGCAGCGAACGGCAAUUACGAAAAAAGUCUCUCAGAGUCUUCAAGUGGCAAAAUUGAAAUCCUACGGUUGGGUGGGCGAUAAGCCUCUGCAUACCUCGAGGCGUCCUGGACCCCCGAAGAACUACUCGUAUACCAGGAAACCGAGGAAAAGAAAGGAGAGCCCGGUACAAGGUAAAGGUGGCUACGUUCGAGACCACGAUGAGAGGUCGGCAAAGCCUGCGUCUUCACUCAGACGGCGCCUACGGCCUACCGGUGCAAUGGUUGCGUGGCAAAAGGGCCGAAGGCAGAAUGCGUCAUGGUACCUCCCAAAGGGCAAAAACUCGAUAUGGUAUCUACAGAUGAUGAAGACGAAGACGAGGAGGAUGGUCCCAGUGACGUCCGAGAUGCCGCUCCUAACAGUGGAGGCGCCUCUGAAUCUCACAGAGUUCUCUCUACAUAUAGGAGGUGGAGAGAUGUAUCACAAACCUCGCAUUCAAGACAUGGGACCCCGGUGGAUAGCCCCGUCGACCGUUUUGCACCAGUAUAUCCACCAAGAGGAAUCGCAGACGCGAUCCGAGCAGGUGAAACCUGCCUUGAGUGCAAGGAGAAUGAACGAAGGUGCUCCAUUACAAUCACUGGAAAGGGAGAACCGCCUUAUUGCGAUCCGUGCGCUCAGCGAGGAGGGAGCCAGCGGUGUGUCUUCAUGA